AUUGGGAGCCCAACGCGCCUGGUGGGCACCAUAGGGGAAGGGUGGCCCUCGGCACGGCAGCAGACGGCGCAAUCCCCGCCUCCUCCCUCAGGGCUGCCCGAGGUUGAACUUCUGCGCCCCGCCAUGCGCCUCUUCGCGCUCGCUCUUAAGCGAAACGGUGCGGGGGAGGCCUGAGGGCUCCAUAACGAAAGCCCAAAGAAGGUUACGUCGUGUGAGCUUUACAGGGAAGGCGGAGAGAAGGCGAGGCAGAGCUCCUGUGUGGCAGCGCCGUCAGCCAAGCAACGGGAACGACCGAGAGGUUCCCGCUUUUCCCCACAGAGCGCAGCUCAGCGCGCAGGUGGCGAGGCCGCCCGACCGCUUCCUCGCCCCUCUCUCUUUCUCUCUCUCUCUCUAUUUUUCCCCGACGCCGCGCGCUAAGUCCCCGCAACCGGGGUUUUAUAACCCUGCCGGCUUCUCUCCCAGGAAGAGACCAAUAACCGGAGGGGACUCCGCCUUGGCUACCCGCCCCUCCGAGUGGGGCGGGGAAGCGGGAGGGGUGGGUGCGCGUGUGUGGAGAGGGGCGGCAGCGGAACGGGGAGCUGGCGCGCGUGUGACAUUUGGGGAGAAACCUUCGCCGGCGGAAGACUUCCCUGCACUUUCCUCGCCCCCCGCACCGUCUACCUCAAGAGCAUCAUCCGACGAGGCUUCCUGUUUGCCCUCGGAGCCCAGCUCAGAACCGCUCGGCGCGGGAGAAGGAAGGUUUCCUGCUCGGCGAAGAGAGUUGCUGCUGCUGCGUGGCUGGGGAAAGCGGACUCUGGACGCAGGGGAGAGGUUGUCUCGCUCGCUCGCUCGCCUCGCUCGGGGGAAAAAGAUGCACACGACGCAGAAGGACACCACAUACACCAAGAUCUUCGUCGGGGGUCUGCCCUACCACACCACCGACUCCAGCCUCCGGAAGUAUUUCGAGGUCUUCGGCGAGAUCGAAGAAGCCGUGGUCAUCACCGACCGGCAGACGGGCAAAUCCCGGGGAUACGGAUUUGUGACAAUGGCUGAUCGAGCUGCUGCUGAAAGGGCCUGCAAAGAUCCUAAUCCAAUCAUUGAUGGCAGAAAAGCUAAUGUGAAUCUUGCAUAUCUGGGAGCAAAACCAAGAAUUAUGCAGCCAGGUUUUGCCUUUGGGGUUCAACAGCUCCAUCCAGCCUUAAUCCAGAGACCUUUUGGGAUCCCUGCUCAUUACGUAUAUCCGCAGGCUUUUGUGCAACCUGGAGUGGUUAUUCCACAUGUCCAGCCUACAGCUGCUGCUUCCACUACACCCUACCUUGACUACACGGGAGCUGCAUAUGCUCAGUAUUCUGCGGCGGCGGCCGCUGCAGCAGCUGCAGCCUAUGACCAGUAUCCCUACGCAGCUUCACCAGCUGCUGCAGGAUAUGUCACUGCUGGGGGAUAUGGCUAUGCAGUCCAGCAACCUAUCACUGCAGCAGCCCCAGGAACAGCUGCAGCUGCAGCAGCUGCUUUCAGCCAAUACCAGCCACAGCAACUGCAAACAGAUCGUAUGCAAUAGCAGAUGGACAUGGCAAGAAAGCAUCCUUUGUUAUUAUUCCUAUCAAUUUACCUUCAAGCCUUCCAGUAGAAAUAAUUAACUUUUAAGUUAUCCAGCUUUAAAAACAACAACAACGCUACAAUGCAAUAGAAUAGUAUAAGAACAAAUACCACUGUCUUUUAAAGCAUUAUGCCUCCCAUAGAAUGAAUAAUAUUGUGGGAUAAGGUAUUGUAAGAGUUUCUAAGCAUCAUCUUAUCAUGAAAGCAUAGCUAAAGUAACCAAAAAAAAAAGAGAGAGAAAAAAGAAAAGCUGAUUUAAAAAAAAAAAAGGUGCAUUUUACAGUAUCCAGGGUAAAAAGUUCAGGUGAGCAAUACGUAACUUUCAAGUGGAAUAUUACUUAAAUAUUGAAAGUGCCGGCGGGUCAUUACAACUUUUCAGUAUGGCCUAUUUUGUGUGAAUGAGUAGAAAAAUAUUUUUUUGACGAAUCUCAUAUUGGGCAUGGAACAAACUAAGGAAGAUGGCCCUUGGGAGGUGGGGGAAGGGUAGAUAGCAUCAAAGUUAUUUUCUCAUCUGUCCUCCCUAUGAAUGGGACUAUGGAGCAAGUGGUGUGGAAUUAAAGGGUGUAACAGCUGUACAGACAAUCAAUGACACAGCCCGUUCUGGAAAGAACACAUCACUUGUUCUCAUUUGAUGAGGUUGUCACAUUCUAAUCCCUCUCCCCAUCCUGUUUCACUUUUAGGGAAAUUUUGACUGCUAGAGUCAGCUAUUCUGAUUCUAAAACAGGAUCAGCUCUCUCCUACAACAGCUUUCUCCUUUUAUUUACUGUAUCUAUUCAUGGCUUGUGAAUAAAGGCAGGAAGAAAUUUGCUGAAUUUAAAUAUUUAAGAACUGUACUAGGGAAUGCUUUUUGAAAUGAAUUGUAUACAAGUUAAUUCCUAUUUAAAUAUUUAUUUGCAAAACAUAGGCCUCUUCCAUGCGGCUACUUGUUGAGACUGCAAUUCUUCAAAGGUUAAUUCUAUGUGAGCUAUAUUGUGCCUUAAUUGUAAUGCUAUUUAAAGAUAUAUUUAUUUUGAAAGUUGUACGAUGCUGCAUUCUAAAGAAACCCACUUUAGAUGUGAAACUGUAAAAUAUUGUAUUCAUCUCAUAGUUUAAGUUAUUUAGCAGGUUUAGGAGUAGAAUAUAAAAUAAUCUAAGCAAUUAAAGAUGCUGACAUAGGUUUAUUGUCUUCAAUAAACAUACCUUUGUAAGGGUACUUUAAAACUUUUGGAAAGGUUUUGAUCUUUAAAAUGCUAGUUUCAUGAUUUUCCCGCUGUUUCACUGACUGAAUACCUGUUUACGGGAAGAAAACUUUACUGGUUUUCAGUAAAGCUUACUUACUCUGAAAGAUGUUAAAAUACUACACAUACCAAUUGAGGAGUAAGACUCAAUUUAAAAACUACUGUGGUUUAUAAUAGGAGUUAUAGUUAUAUCAUUGGUCACACACAUAAUAAUGUCUGCAUAGGGAAACCAUGUGAAUUGGCUGAAAAAUAUGGGGGUGGGGGAAGCGUGGUAUUUGUCCAAACAGUGAGUCUCCUGUAAAGACACUUUUGGUUGUCCAUGCGAUGACUGAGUUGCAGAUAAAUAGCUCCAGUACCAUAACAGUAAUGCAGAGUUGAAUCUUAAGUCCCACUGAUCUUGAUGGGACUUUUUCCUCAACCAGGUAUAUUAAUGAUAAAGCCUGAAGCCCCAAUCUUAAGCACAGUAUGUGCAAACACCGUAAAGGAAUACCCAUCAUGUCUUUAGAGUGGGUUAUUGGUAUUUUCUGCUAUGAAAAGGGGUCAUUUUUCAGUUUCAUCUCUAUAUAGUUCAACUAUUAUUCCUUAGCUAGGAAAUGCUGCUUUCAUUUGUCCUGUGAAACUGCAAUAAUUUGUAAUUUUUAUUCUUGACCUAAAAAGAAAUUUAAUAUUUUAGACUGUAUUGGAAUCUUUUUAUACUUGAACAAUUUCAUAAAAGGGAAGACAGGAUAGCAUUUUUAUGGAUUUCUCCAAUGUCACUGGAUUUAUUUUGAAUACUAGCCAGUGUUAUAUAAGAUAUAUAACAUGACUACUGUGCAUGUUAUUUAUUAUGUAUAUUGCUUUAUAAUGUUUCAGAUCUUCUAAUCUAUACACUUGUAUUAAAAUAAUAAAAAUGUCAUUGAAUCCAAACUUUUUACAGUUGUACACAAAAUAAGUUUCUUAAUGCAUCAAGACAUCUUAAAAAUGCAUUUCAGAGUUCCACUAUUGAAUAAACAGCUGGUUCGUGGUUUUAAAAAGGUUGAUAGAGACAAAUGAAAUGUUACUUGCUUUGCUUUUAUUUAUGCAGUGCUGUCAAAUUAAAUUUUAAACAAGUGCUAUUACAUGCAAUGCAUAGUUAAGUUGUGGAACGUCAGCAUGCCAUUCCUCUAAAAAUUGGAAUCAGGCCUAUAAAUCCAUAAAAAAACCACUGAUCUCAUUCAGAAAGAAAAUAGAUUUGUUUUGUCUUUGCAUUUUCAAAAGCACCACCACUGAAAUAAUAUGCACACUAUUCUGAGUGUCUUAUUGGGGCAAACAGAAAUUAAAUAUUUUCUAAAUCAGGAGUCCCCAACCACUGGUCCAUGCUGGGCUGCAGCCCAUUCGGAACCGGGCUGCAGAAGUGGUGGGCAAGCGUGUGUGAUGCUGCAUUUCAGAAAGCGGCACACACAUGUGAAACCAUCCCCUAUCCCCUCUCUCCCGCCACCACCGGUUGGAGAUUGGAGACCACUGUUCUAAAUAAAUGGCCACAAAUCUCUGUGUAUCCAUACGAUCCC